AUGGUCUCCGAAGCUGAGCAGUACGCUGAGACCGACAAAGCGUGCAAGCAGCUCGUCGAGGAGGCGAACAAGGUGGACUCCAUCUGUGCCAACACCGAGAAGGCAAUAAACGAGUUUAGGGACCAGAUUGACACGACGGAGAAGGUCAGCAAGCUCAUCGUGGAGCUGCGCGAGCUUGCCGUCAAGGGCUGGGCGGGCGACACGUCUGUCAACGAGACCCAGCAGUCGUCGCUCGGUCUCCUCCAAAAGGUGUACGAGAAGCGCAAUGUGGAGGGCGCUGCAUUGUUCCAGCAGCCUGCGUCGGAGAACAAGGAGGAGAACGAGUGA